AGGAGCAUCCUCUUAAUCGCCACGAUUCUUAACGGUCGGCCCUGCAUUAGACUCGCUCAAACUCCGGAUUCUCUCUUCAAGAGUCCAGCUGAACCCCUAUCUCCAGUCCUCUGCAAUUCUAGACUGACCUCCACUGACUCUCGACUCGCUUAUGCCUCCAGUCUCCAACGACUAGGCUGUGGCGUUAGUCCGCAUUACUGCUUUCAUUUCAUUUCUGUAACAUUUGGGUUUUAAUUUUCUUUUUUUUACGGCAUAAACCUGCUUUUAUUAAUCUGCAAUCUCAAUUUAAGAUCCGCCAUCCUCGGUGUCUUCCUGGAAUCCCUUGCAUCGAUUUGAUUCCAUCGUCCCUCGUCUCUUCUGAUCGACAUCUCGGGUUGAACGAGUCGCCAUGUUCAACUUCGACACCACCACGAAAGGUGGCACGCAAGUGUCCACCUACGGCGACGAGCCUGUGCCCAAGAGCCAUGUGCCCACCAAAUACAGAGGCACCGCGGCCGAUCAGGCCGACAUGAGUGCGCUGGGUCGAGAACAGGUCCUGCGUCGAAACUUCCGGUAUAUCUCUAUCGUCGGCUUUGGAUGCACGUUGAUUGCCACGUGGGAGGUGGUUCUGACCUUGCUGGAGCAGGGCUUGACGGAUGGCGGUACGGCCGGUUUGAUCUGGGGCUUCCUCAUCGUCGCCUGUGGCUUCCUGCUGGUGUUCUUGAGUCUGGCCGAGAUGGCCUCCAUGGCUCCGACCUCUGGUGGUCAAUACCACUGGGUUUCGGAAUUUGCGCCGGCCAGCUGCCAGAAAUUCCUGAGCUACAUUACUGGCUGGCUCUGUGCCAUGGGAUGGCAAUGCGCCAUCGUCUCCAUCACCUUCCUGGCCGGAACCAUCAUUCAGGGCCUGAUCGUGUUGAACAACGAGAACUACGACUUCCAGCGCUGGCACGGAACCAUGCUGGUGAUUGCGAUCACCCUGUUCUCCAUCCUGUUCAACACCUUCCUGGCGAAGAAGCUCCCCUUCGUCGAGGUCAUCAUUCUCAUUCUGCACGUCUGCGGACUGUUCGCCAUUAUGAUUCCCCUCUGGGUUCUGGGACCCCGUCGCAGCGCGAAGCAGGUGUUUACCGAGUUCAACGACGGUGGUGAAUGGGGCAGCAACGGCGUGGCUACCCUGGUCGGAUUCUCGACGACGAUUACUUCGCUGAUCGGAUAUGACUGCGCCGUGCACAUGUCCGAAGAGAUCAAGGACGCUUCCGAGACCCUGCCCAAAGCUAUGAUCACCUCCGUCCUGAUCAACGCCGCGUCGGGCUUCCUGAUGCUGGUGACCGUCUGCUUCACGCUGGGUGACAUCGACGAGAUCCUGGCCUCGCCGACCGGCUUUCCCUUCAUCCAGGUGUUCUACAACGCCACCGAGAGUCUGCCCGGCACCAACACCAUGACCGCCAUCCUCGUUCUCACCCUGACGGCCUCGUCCAUCACCGAGGUGGCCACGGCGUCUCGUCAGCUGUGGUCCUUCGCUCGAGACCGGGGCCUCCCCUUUUCAGGGUUCUUCUCCUACGUCACUCCGGGCUGGAACAUCCCGUUCAACGCCGUGAUGGUGUCCUUCGUGGUGACGGCGCUGCUGUCGCUGAUCAACAUCGGCUCCACCGUGGCGCUCCAGGCCAUCGUCACCCUGACCAUCAGUUCGCUGAUGUCGUCGUACGUGAUCACCAUCGGCUGCCUCCUGCUGAAGCGUUUGCGGGGCCACCCCUUGCCUCCCCAUCGCUGGACCCUCGGCCGGUUCGGCAUGGCCGUUAACAUCGGCGCGCUGGCCUUCCUGCUGCCGGUCUUCGUCUUCGCCUUCUUCCCCCUGACCGCCACCGUCGACAAGGAGACCAUGAACUGGUGCGUCGUCAUGUACUGCGGUGUCAUCAUCAUCGCCGUCGUGUACUACCUCUUCCGCGGCCGACACCACUACAUUCCCCCGGUGGCGCUGGUCAAGCGUGACGUGUAGCUCGAUCCAGUAGGCAGCUAGUUAAUUUGAUCCGGUUCCUGGCAAUUCCGUUUGCAUGGAAUCCAUUCAAUAGUUUUAGUAAUAGUUAAUGUCAAACUCCUCUAAAC